CAGAAAAGAUAAAGGCAAGAGCUCAAACUGCAGAUUCACACAAGGACUCAAGGACUUAGUCAGCUGACAGUGCCACUAGGCACAAUGUUGCAGCUACUGUUGUUGAUUAUGUUCCUUAAUGAGGCGGUCAGCUCUCAAGCUGUUAAGCCCACUGAUUUCGUGGAACCUACCGAAAAUAUGGAAACUAUAACGGAAGUUAUCGCUGCAACAAAUGAUGUUGAAACAACUAGAAAUGACUUAACUGUUAUACCAACCACUGCUGAACCAACCACUGCUGAACCAACCACUGCUGAACCAACCACUGCUGAACCAACCACUGUUGAACCAACCACUGUUGAACCAACCACUGUUGAACCAACCACUGUUGAACCAACCACUGUUGAACCAACCACUGUUGAACCAACCACUGUUGAACCAACCACUGUUGAACCAACCACUGUUGAACCAACUACUGAUGAACCAACCACUGUUGAACCAACCACUGCUGAACCAACCACUGCUGAACCAACCACUGUUGAACCAACCACUGUUGAACCAAACACUGUUGAACCAACCACUGUUCAAUCAACCACUGUUGAACCAACUAGAAAUGAAUCUACUCUUGAAGGAACAGAGAUUGACCCCACUGUUGAACCAACUACUAUUGAACCAACCACUAUUGAACCAACUGCUGAUGAACCAACUGCUGUAAUUGAACCAACCACUGCUGAACCAACCAAUGUUGAACCAACCAAUGUUGAACCGACUACUGAUGAAUCAACUACUGUUGAACCAACUGAAAAUUACUCCACUGAAGCUGAAAUUUCAUUCCGAAUCGUUGAUGAAAAUAAAAAUGACGUCACGAAGGGAGUACAAGGUUUACUGCUCUACAACGGUGGGACAGUUUGUGACGACGAUUUCAGCAUGGAUGCAGCAUUUGCGAUCUGCAAAGAAAUGGGAUAUGUGAGUGCAAUCAACUGGGACAGUGGAAACUAUUUUGAUGUUCAGGAAGACUUAGUGAUAAAACUAGAUGAUGUAGCUUGCAGUGAACAAAGUUGGUCCUCUUGUUCUUACAGCGAGUCUAACAACUGUGGACAUAGCGAAGAUGUGUUUCUCACAUGUAUAACAGAUGUUGAACCAACUAGAAAUGAAUCCACUGAUGAACCAACUAGAAAUGACUCCACUGUUGAACCAACUGAAAAUGACUCCACUGAAGCUGAUAUUUCAUUUCGAAUCGUUGAUGAAGAUAGCAAUGACCUCACGGAGGGAGGACGAGGUUUGUUGCUCUACAAGGGCGGGACAGUUUGUGACGACGAUUUCAACACGGAAGCAGCAUUUGCGAUCUGCAAAGAAAUGGGAUAUGUUAGUGCAAUCAACUGGGAGAGUGGAAACUAUUUUAGUUUUCAAGAAGACCUAGAAAUAAAACUAGAUGAUGUCGCUUGCAGUGAACAAAGUUGGUCCUCUUGUUCUUACAGUGAAUCUCACAACUGUGGCCAUAGCGAAGAUGUGUUUCUCACAUGUAUAACAGAUGAUGAACCAACUAGAAAUGGAUCCACUGAUGAACCAACUAGAAAUGACUCCACUGUUGAACCAACUGAAAAUGACUCCACUGAAGCUGAUAUUUCAUUCCGAAUCGUUGAUGAAGAUAGCAAUGACCUCACGGAGGAAGGACGAGGUUUGUUGCUCUACAAGGACGGGACAGUUUGUGACGACGAUUUCAACACGGAAGCAGCAUUUGCGAUCUGCAAAGAAAUGGGAUAUGUUAGUGCAAUCAACUGGGAGAGUGGAAACUAUUUUAGUUUUCAAGAAGACCUAGAAAUAAAACUAGAUAAUGUAGCUUGCAGUGAACAAAGUUGGUCCUCUUGUUCUUACAGUGAAUCUCACAACUGUGGCCAUAGCGAAGAUGUGUUUCUUACAUGUACAGCUGGAUCUGUAUUCAAACUGGUAGACGAAGAUGGUAGCGAAGUAAGGGCGGGAGAACAAGGACUAUUACUGUUCAUGGAAGGAACAGUGUGCGAUGAUGGCUUUGAUUUCAACGCUGCUAAUGCGAUCUGCAAAGAGAUGGGAUACGAAAGUUCUCAGAGCUGGAACAGUGGAUUAGUAUACGAUAAUAUGCAGAACAGUCUUGACACAAACUUAGAUGAUGUCGACUGCCGUGAAGAAGUGUGGUCCUCUUGUAGUUACGUGACAUCAGAGGAAAACUGUGGUCACGAAGAAGAUGUUUUCAUUACAUGCAUAGGAAUGAUGAACUCAAAGUCAAUGGUAUCCGGAACUGACGAAACAACAACAACAACACAAGAAAGUGACAUGUUGGACAGUUUGACGCAACCAGAAAUGUUAUCUUCUCCUGCUGGUACCUCAAUUGGAUACUCUGGGGAUAAAAUGAUCCUAUUUUGUGAAGCCAGUUUCUUUCCAAAUAUUCCAAUGACUAUUGAAUGGAAGGUGGCACGUGGUAACAGUUUUGCUGAAGCAGGCUGUUAUACAAGCUACGAGCAGAAUGUUGGUCUGUUUCCUGAUUCCCAGUUAUUAUUACAGAGGGAGUUCAGGAGUUUUGAGAGUUGUCAGGAAUGGUGUGAUGAUACUCCCCGCUGUAAAGGAGUAACCGUGAGUCCCGAGAAUUGGGCUACCCGAGAGUGCUUUCUAGUGGGCACUACGCACAUAACCGCAAGGAGUGGAUGGACUGCGAGUUCUCUAACUGAUUGUGACCAGGAUGAAGAACUAUUUGGAUUCAGAAUCGUUGAUAAAGAUGGCAAUGACCUGACGGCGGGAGGACGAGGUUUGUUGCUCUAUAAGGGUGGUACAGUUUGUGACGACAGUUUCAACGAUUAUGCAGCAUUUGCGAUCUGCAAAGAAAUGGGAUAUGAUAGUGCAAUAGCCUGGGAAAGUGGAAACUAUUUUGAUGUUCAGGAAGACUUACUGAUAAAACUAGAUGAUGUCAGUUGCAGUGAACAAAGUUGGUCCUCUUGUUCUUACACCGAGACUAACAACUGCGACCAUAGCGAGGAUGUCGUUCUCACAUGUUCAGGAACUCAUGAUUUUAAACUUGUUGACAACGAAGGAGAGGAAGUUACGGUUGGGGAACGUGGCUUGCUAUUGCAUAACGAAGGAACAGUUUGUGGGGACGAUGAGUUUAAUGCCAACGCUGCAAAUACGAUAUGCAGAAAAAUGGGGCAUUCAGUUGCUAAGAAUUGGGGAUUUGGAAAUCAAUCUGAAUUUCAGAGUAACUUGACUAUAAAUUUAGCCGGUGUGAAUUGUAUUGUCGACGGUUCCUGGUCAUCUUGUGAUUAUAACUUGGAUAACCUUACCUCCUGUGAACAUAGUCUAGAUGUAUUUCUCACCUGCUGUGGAGAGAGCGUUACGAACAUCGAGGGCAGGAGUUCUUUGACCAUUGGAUGUCUUUCCUACGAUGAAAACCAUCGAAAUAACUACACAUGCCUCGUGGAAUACCCUGAUAUUGAAUUAUCACUACAGUCUUAUCCGGCGUCCGUCUAUGUUAAAGGAUUUGUUGAAUCAGACCCAGAGAUUCACAACAAGCAAGCUGGUGAAAACGUAACGUUAACUUGUUUAUACGUGACUACAGGCAAUGUAUCUGUGUCGUGGACAAAGGGUUCUGAAAGUCUGUUCACCGGACUAACGACGUAUCUCGGUGAUGGUGUGACCCAGGGAGCUUUGGUGUUAUCUAAUCUGUCCGUGACAGACUCUGGAUUGUAUAGUUGUUUUGCAGAGGAAGAAGGAAGAGAAUCAUAUGUUGCAGUUACUCUCAAUGUGUUUGGCAUUAUAUCUUCUCCUGUCAAUUCUAUUGGAUACUCUGGGGAUAAACUAACACUUCUUUGCGAAGCCAGUUACUUUCCAAAUAUUCCAAUGACUAUUCAUGUUUGGAAGGCUGAAGCUGGCAGCAACUUUUCUAAAUCAGAUAUGUUCAAUAAGCUAUGUAUAAAAGAAAACUACGAUUUCAUGGGAGCUGACAUAAUAAUGGUAAAUGACGUGGACUCUUUUAUGGACUGUAUAGCUCUGUGCUUUGACCAGGCUGGCUGUGUCUCAGUCACCCACCAACCAGCCACCUCCAGAUGCUGGCUCAAACACACGGAGUUUGGUGAUAACCCUCAGGACAUGGACGGGGUCAACAGCAGUAAUCUCAAAUGUUGGCCAGGGCCUCCAGACACAGAAACAGCAGUUAUAGAAUCAACCGAAAACGAUGACGCUGCCAACGACACGUUUUCACUUGUUGAUAUCGAAGGCGGAGCAGCUGCGGCCGGAGAACAUGGUUUGUUGCUGUACCAAAAUAAAGGUACUGUUUGUGCGGGUCCUCACUUUGAUGGCACCGCUGCAAAUGCAAUUUGCAAAGAAAUGGGGUAUUACAGUGCCAAGAGGUGGGAAGUGGGAGAUUACUUGCAGGGGAGCCUGAACAUUUCACUUGCUAGUGUGAAUUGUGAGAAUGAUACGUGGGAGUCCUGUGAUUACUCAGAGACAAUCCCUUCCUCCUGUCACCAUGGUCAAGACGUGUUUCUAACCUGUUGUGGAGAUUCCAUGGUGUCAACCACAGAGGGUAAAGCCACUCUGACUAUCGGAUGUCUUUCUUAUGACAGAAACAAUGAAGACAAGUACAAAUGUUUUGUUGACUACUCAGAUGAAGGUAUAACUCUUCAGUCGCGUGAUGCAGCGCUUAUUCAUGUAAAAGGAUUUCUUGGAUUCAACUCAGUGGUGCACAAAGUAAUUGCUGGUGACGAACUUUCUAUCUCUUGUACUUACAUGACAACAAAGAAUGUAUCUGUUGCCUGGAAAAAGGAAGGAACAAAAAGAUGUGCACAGGGAAUAUCUGUUUACCAUGGCAACGGAAGGAACCAAGGCACCUUAACAUUCUCAAACAUUUCUGUUGCAGACUCUGGUGGAUACAGUUGCUGCGCUGUGGAGGACGGAAGGGAGAUACUGUCUUCUGGGAUAGCCAAUGUAAAAGUAAUAGAUAUAGUUACUCAACCUGUUUCCACUGUUGGAUUCUCAAAUGAUGCUUUGACUCUUGAUUGUUUUCUAAGCUAUUUUGACGAAAACACCAGUAUGUAUUGGGAAGAUGAAAACGGAAUCAAAUUAAGAGCGGGCAGUGAUGGUGGCGGGAUUACAGUAACAGUUAAUGCAGGUAAAAGCAGCCUCGUCAUCGAAUCAUUGUCAUAUGAAGAACACUACGGGAAUCGUUACAGCUGUGUCGCCGAGUACGUGGGUAAAGACACAAUUCGCUCUAAUUUUGCAUCUGUGUACGUGAGAGAAAUCAUCGAUUACAACGAAACAAUAAACGUCUACAAGUUUGUUGGUGAGGAAUUAGUGUCCAUUAACAAUAACAUCUGCACCUACUCGUCUAACAAAAAAGUUGCAGUGCUUUGGUGCAAGAGGGAAGAAAGAUAUCCAUCAACCAACUCCUCCUACGAUGGGCAAGUAUUCAACAAGGGGACCUUGACUUUCCCCAAUGUUAUAGCUUUAACAGAUUCUGGGAAGUACAGAUGCUGUGUGGAAGAAGAUGGAAGAUUAAUAAAAUCGUCCGGUUUUAUUAAUGUUAACGUCAUAGAGCCUUCACUUUACCAAUUUGAUAUCGAAACAAAAGAAAUAGUGGCGAGGGACGACAAAGGUAUUCUGUUUGUGUCUUAUGUCGAUGCUGAGAGCGGAGAACGGAAACAUGGAACAGUCUGUACUCCGGACUUUGAUUAUGAUGCAGCGGAUCUUUUUUGUUCAAAGCUUGGGUAUACGUACGGCCAGUGGGGUACAAAUCCUCAAAAUAUUGUUUAUACUCCAAGAUCAUACUUAGAAAAAAAUGAAAUUCCCAUCCUGCGUUGUGCACAGAAAACGUCCAAUAGUGUUCAUUGCCAGGAGCUUAACACCGAUGAAGGUUGCGAUUAUGAAAACAACAUCUGGCUACACUGCGCUACGAAUAUAGGGGAUUUCCAACGAUGGAGGUAUGACAGGAAGUGUGGUAAAAAUCACGUACUUCACGACGGUACUGCUGCGGAAUGUGAUCCAGACGGUGAACACCCUUGUUGUAAUGAAAAGCUGAAAACUUGCGGAAAUACGCGCCAACACUGUGCGUGCAAUAAUUUCUGCCGUGACUUCAGAAAGAAGAUAGAACAAAAAUGUGAAAUAGAACCGGUAGGUGGCUUCCUCAAAAGUGUCUGUUUAAGCCAUCAAUCAAAACUGAUUUACAAAUGUCCCUUUUCUGAGACGAAUUACGAAAGUUAUCUCGACACAUGGGACCAAGCCACAGGAAAAUAUUCACUCUCCAACGUUACUGCUUUAUGUGAAAAUGAUGAACGACACUAUCAAGCUUGUGGAUUCAACACUCCUUUAACGAACACCAAUCAUGCUAUCUGUGGAGGUCACUUUGUUGAAAGUGAGCAGGGUGGAGGAAUAUUCGAAUCCCUGAGUCAGGACAACGAAGAUCAUGGACAUGAUGAACAUCUUGGCUCGGAAUAUUCGGAAACUUUUGAGAUUGUUGCAGACUCCAUAUGCGAUGGGAAAUGCGAUACAGCAACUAAUUGUGAGGACGAAGCAACAUGUGGAGGGUUUAGUUACGGCUUAACUUGUGAGAGGGUCAGUGGAGAGGAAAUCUAUGUACCUGUCCAUUGGAUAUGCAAUGGUCAAAGUGGAUGCCGUGAUGAGGAGGACGAGGCCGAUUGUAGAACUGAUAAUACUUCUCAUCAAACCUGUAUUCAAUACUACCGGAUGCAGAUAAGAGAGGAAGAAGUAGAGGUCCCCAUUUUGGACUACACUAGAUGUGCUGCAUUUGAUGUGGCCCAAGAAAUUUAUCCUUAUUGUAAGAGUUUCUUAGAUCAAACAAAUUGUAAUGAUCCGAAUCGGAUCGGAGGUUAUUGUGAAGUUGGCGGAGUUUUGACAAGUAUUUCAAAAGCGAUGGUAUGCUAUCAUGUGGAUCAUGAGGAGCAUGAUGAUGAGCAUGAUGAUGAGCAUGACGAGGAACAUGAGGAGGAUCAUAAGGGGGAAAAUGAGGAGGAUCAUGAUGAGGAACAUGAGAAUGAUCAUAGUGAUCAUGGUUCUCGUCGAGACAACGAUGAAUACCAUGGGCUGUGUGAUGGUAACAUGGAAAACAUUUGCUUUUCACCAUCAGAGUCUUGUGUGGUCCACAAGCACAAACUGUGUGACGAGAUUAAUGAUUGUCCUGAUGGAAGUGACGAAUCCGUUGACAUUUGCAAAUUUACCACAGCUGAACAUUUUAAAUGUGAACGGGGUUUUGGCAUCAACAAAAGCACAUCGAUUCCCUUGUCAUGGAUAAACGAUGGUAAAAAAGAUUGUAAAAAUGGACUGGAUGAAGGUAGCAUGAAGCACUUGAAUGGAUCAAAGCUUGAGUUUUGUGAAUACGAUAAAUAUUUUUGGGAAACUAUAACCCUGAUUGGUGAACAUUCUUGUCAAAAUGUAUUCCUAUGUCCUGGGGCCGAACAACCGUUUGUAAAACUUGACCUUCUCUGUGACGGCGUUGAGUCUUGUGGCACAGAAAAUUAUGUCUGUAAGACUUCUAGAGAUUCCCCUACCUUUGAAAAGUCGGUAGUGUUUGAGGACAAUGUAGGAGAUCUAUGCUCAGUGAAGGAUAGGCGAAACAAACAGUGUGAAAUUAAAGAAUUCGUUCAUGGUCCAUAUAAGAAAGUCUUCGGAGUGAAAACUUUGCUCAACGUGCCAAGCACAAAAGUUCCCUGCAACAGUUUGUUUGGUGAGUACUAUGUCUAUCUCAGUUGCAUGGGACUGUGUAUAACGGACUCAAAAUGUCCUUUAAAAAAAGAGCCACUCAAGCAUGACUCUUGUCAAGGUCAAUAUCCUGAUCGUGUGUACACUCUUGCGGAAACAGCCAAGGAUUCACAUUUGACGUUCGUAACCAAAUCAGACCUGGGCUACCAGAAUAAAUAUUUUGAAUGUGACAACAGCAGAUGCAUAGAGUUCAGCAAGGUUUGUGAUCUUGUCAAUGACUGUGGCGAUAUGUCUGAUGAGAAAAGCUGUUCCAAUCAUCUGCUCUGCAAAAACACUGAAAACGGUACAAAUCCACAGUUAAUAUCUUUAGAUCAAAAGUGUAAUGGCAUAUUUGAUUGUUCGGACUUAUCGGACGAAUGUAAUUCUGAGUGCGGAAAGAAGAUUUUGGAGGGAUGGAUGCUUAAGGUUACCUGCUGGAUUACGGGUCUAUUAGCGAUACUUUUUAACGUCAUUGCCGUAGUCAAAACAGCGUCAACAAUCACAAGGGCAAAAACUGGAAGUAUGUUACUCAGCAAAACUCUCAUAAGCCUCGUAGCCUUGGGAGAUCUAAUGAUAGGCAUUUACUUAGUCGUAUUGUCCAUAUACGAUAGCAUCUUUGGUGAAAAGUUCUGUAAGAAUCAAGCGAAAUGGCUCUCCGGGACAGCUUGCUCAGUAAUGGGCAUCAUUAGCACAUUUGGAUCUCAACUGUCUCUAUUUUCCAUGACAGCUUUGAGUAUUUCAAGAGCGAUUGGAAUAACUUUAGGCUCCAUGGCUGUUCCAUCCAGCGUCAACAAAGUUUGGACUGCUAAAGUUGUUGCAGUGGCGGUUAUCGUUUUGGUGGCUUCACUUUCUUUAGCCCUAAUACCCCUAGCACCAUCUCUUGAGGACUACUUCGUGCAAGGAGUCUUCUAUGAUGACGUGAACUACAAACUAUUCACUGGUCUACCCAACAAAGAAAAGCACGUCAAAGUUAUUCGGGCAUAUUACAGUUCCUCAAACAUUUCAGCUGACCUGACUUGGAAGGAAAUAGGAGAGAAAGUAGAUGGAAUGUUCACCCAUGUUCAAAACUAUGGGGAGUUAAGCAGGAGAAAGGUUCAUUUCUAUGGAAAUGAUGGGGUUUGUUUGUUCAAGUACUUUGUCAGAAGUGACGAUCCAACAAGAAGUCGAGCUACCACCGCAGAAGACAUGGUCUUCACUGACUCUCGGGGUAAUCUUAUUGUAUGGGUCAUGCUAGCAGUCAACUUCUUCUGCUUUGUUAUCAUUGCUGUGUGCUAUGGUGUCAUCAACAACCAUACUCUGAAAUCCUUAGCGAAAUCAGGGCAGGCAAAAAACCAGAAAGCUGUUCAAAAGAACCAAAGGAUUCAAAACCGUGUAACUUUGAUGAUCAUAACAGACUUUUUGUGUUGGGUACCCUUCAUCAUUAUAAGUGCUCUUCAUAAUAGACAAGCAAUCGAUGCGACAAGCUGGUAUGUUUACUUUGCAAUGAUAGUACUUCCCAUCAACUCAGUCAUCAACCCCCUGCUAUAUGACAACACUGUUACCGAAUUCUUUGCCACAUUAAUUCGACGCACUAUGAUUUUGUGUGGGAGGAUGGAAGAUGUUGAAAUGGAGACACAAGUGACAUCGACAGGUGCAUCAUUCAACCGUGAGUCUAGACUGAGCCAGGUAACAGGAACAGCCACCUCUGCUAGGCCAGGAUCAGUUUGCAAGGUUCCAAAUCCAAGGACUUCAAGAACUUCAACCAAAGGACAGGUUUGUAGGGUACCGAUGAAUUCAAUAACGACGCCAUCAGGACCAAUCGGCAGGGCCCGAAGUCCAAGACCUUCUAUAACACCAGCCCCGGGAACAGUUAUCAAUGUUCAAGGACCAAGAACAUCACUUAUAGCGACGCCAUCAGGACCAGUUGGCAGGGCCCGAAGUCCAAGACCUACUAGAAGAACGACAGCCUCAGAACAAGUUGGUACAGUUCUAAGUCCUAAAGAGCUGACUGCUAUUUCUUUGGCACCAAAAAACCUUCAGGAUCAGAAAGACACAAAGGUUUAACAACAGAAGGAAAAACAAAGUUCUUGUUUGUACAAUUGGAUAAUAACAAGCAAAAAGACAAUAACCUUUCAUAUAAUAGUCGAGCCAUUUAAUGAAAAGAAAGGAUGAUCAUAAUAUGAUAUGAUUUUAUAUGUAAAUUAUUGUAAGUGCAGCGAUAAAACAGUUAUGAGAGAUUUCAGCUCCAAAUGUUCUAACAGUAACUGAAUUUAGUUAAACAUGGUUUUGAUAUGCUUAAAUUUUGUUAUACUCAUUAUUUCGAUGUACCUAACUGAAGGUUGAAUUUUAUUGACAAUGCAAAUGUCCUUCCUUCACAAAUCAGCGUGACCCAAUACUAAUAAGUGCAUAGCGGCAUAACGUUUCAAAGAUUGAACUUUUCUCGUUUACGGGAUUUUUGAACUCCUUAAACAAAUAAAUUAAAUUAUGUUUUUUGAAAUUUUUAUGAACAAUUCUUCGUGUUUCAUUACACAUCGUUAUCUAAACAAUAAAAG